AUGGUUUAUCCAGAAUCUCCUGCACCGACCGAGAGGUCAGGGUCCGUCGUCGUCCGCCCUGAGUUGCACGGGUCUAGCGCGACGGCCGUUUCGAGUGACAAUGAGCUUCAUUCAAUAUCGCCCGUGAAUCCAGACCCCGACGGCCUCGGUGCUGGGUCUUUGUGCACGGAAAAUCUAUCGCCAGUUUCGGUCAAAAAUGCGACGCACAAAGAACACCAUGCUUCCGGCCUGCCUGCCCUGCAAAUACGGACGGACGUCUCCAGUGUCUCGUCGAGUGUUCAUCGACUGAGUCCCCAUCGUGAGGCCGACUUCUACGUCCAUCACAGUACCUCUGCCAGCAGCCUUCCGCAUCGGACACCGAGCCUAAGGGCGUUGAUGGCUCCAAGUCAUAGUGGGGGUUCCUUAUCUCCAGCUUCUCUUUUGUCGUCUCCUCAACUAAUAGCCAUGGGAGAUAUUACACCUUUACCCUCGCCUAUCGGUGGCGCAUCGCCUUGGCGACUGCCUGCGCGCCGUAACUCGCAGUCCCUGUCUCGGACCUCCUCGGUGGUUUCAAGGACCGGCUCAAGCCUGAGCCUGCGUCCCAGUGACCCGUCGCAGUCGUCCUUGGCCGGAGUUCCGGAGGCACGCUCGCGCGGCAAAACACCUGUGAUCGCGGAUAAACCGAGCAGUGAUAAGACUCUGGAUACGCCUGCCGCUCCAAAACACACGCGCAAUCGUAGUCUGAGUGAGUACGUUCCGCCAGGUCGAAAUGUUGCCAUUAAACCUCGCCCCGUCGCCGUGUCCGGGACCGGCGCACCGCUUGGAAUCACCUCCUCCUCGAGCACGGAUUCCAAAUCGAACAACCUGCAUCGGGAGCAAUAUCUCGCGAUCCAUCGAGGAAUUGCUUUACCUACGGUUCGCCCGCCUUCGCCUCCGCGAAGCAGUGGGUUCGGUGUAAGCGAAAAUGAACCUGUCGUCAUCCAUCAUUCCGACGCGCAUGGUACGGAGGAGUACUAUUCGGUGCGCUCCAUUCGGACCCAGCAACCCCGACUGUAUCGCAAACUCCGACAACUCGGUCAUGGUACUUUCAGCCAGGUAUCGUUGGCUGUUCGUGUCGAACCGGAAGGGGCGGACUCUGAUCAUGGUCACUCUGACGCCGUAUCCUCGACCCAGAAGCUAGUUGCAAUAAAGAUCAUUGAACACGGGCCAGCGGGUGGAGCCGAUGAGGAGCGACUGGAGGUGUCCCUGAAACGUGAGGUCGAAAUCCUCAAGUCUUUGAAUCAUCCAUCCCUUGUACAACUCAAGGCUUUUGGCAGCGACGAAAAACGCGCUCUCCUGGUUCUUGACUACUGCCCAGGCGGCGACUUGUUCGAAGUCGUCUCGAACAAUACCAGACCCCUGACUCCGGGGCUCAUCCGACGAAUUUUUGCCGAGCUGGUGGCUGCUGUACGCUAUUUGCACGAGCAUUAUGUAGUGCAUCGUGAUCUCAAACUCGAGAACGUUCUCGUCAAUCUUCCCAAAGAAGCUCUGCAAAAGAUUACCGAUUGGCGUACUUAUGACCGUGCAGUUGUGACCUUGAGCGACCUGGGCCUCUCACGACGUAUACCUGAACCUCCUGAGAGCCCUCUUCUCCAAACCCGCUGCGGAAGCGAGGACUACGCAGCACCAGAGAUUCUGAUGGGCCAGCAGUACGAUGGCCGCUCCACCGACGGCUGGGCGCUUGGAGUUUUGCUGUAUGCGAUGAUGGAGAGCAGACUUCCUUUCGACGCCCUCCCUGGAACCCGAGGCGAUCCUGCGAAACUCCGAGCCCGAACUCCUCACCGUAUAGCACGGUGCGAAUGGUCCUGGUACCGGUACGCAGACAGCGACGGUGAGUGGGAUCCCGAGAAGGGCCGUGGUCUUGAAGGCGCGCGGGAGUGUGUUGAGUCGCUCCUGAAACGAAACACAAAACGCAAGAGCCUUGAAGAGAUCGCGGCCAUGGAGUGGGUGAAGGACGCCAUUGACGUGCCUGGCGGGUUGAAGCGAGGCGAUAAAGAAGUGCCCUGA